GGGCUCUGGUGCAAUAAUCAUGGCGGCCUUCCGCGACAUGGAGGAAUUGUGUCAGGGGCUGCUGAGCCUGCUGGGCGCCAACCACGCCGAAGCACAGCAGCGGAGGCUGCUAGGGCGCUACCGGCAGAUGAUGGAGCGGCUGCUGGAGACGCAAAGCAGUGUCGAGCAGCAGCUGCGAGAGAUCCUGGAAGCGGAGAAGGAUGUGGCCCAGAACCUUCUUGAUGCAAAGGAGCAGGCAUGCCAGGGUGUUGCUGAGUUGCAGCAGAUUGAAGCCAAGCUCCAGAAGGCCAGUGAGGAGGACACUCACCUGAAGGCCAGCCUCCUUCAGCUUGCCAGGGAGCUGGAGGACCUCAAGGAGAUCGAGGCUGAUCUCGAAAAACAGGAGAAGGAAACUGAUGAGGACACAACGGUCACCAUCCCUGCAGCUGUGUAUGUGGCUCAACUUUAUCACCGGAUUAGUAAAAUAGAGUGGGAUUAUGAGUGUGAACCAGGCAUGAUCAAAGGCAUUCACUGUGGCCCCAGCGUGGCCCAGCCCAUCCACCUGGACAGCACCCAGCUCUCCAAGAAAUUCAUCAGUGACUAUCUUUGGGGUUUGGUGGACACGGCGUGGUAGCCAGGAGCCUCAUGGACCGAGUCUCGCACACUAUUUGUGGUGUAUAGUCGGUGCUUGGUGGUGAGCUCAGCUUGAAAUGUUUAUACAUGAAUGGGACUUUUACUGGAUUUCUCCUCCCCCACCCCUGGUUUUGUCCUCAGACACUGGACUGGCCUGGGCUGGGUAACCAUAGUGAACUAACUGUGCCAGUCCCGUGACCUCACAUCUGUGACAACACUGUACCCAAGACACCAUAGUGUAUAAUGACAAAUUCCAGGUCUUUAUCAUUUAUUAUUCAGGUUUGGCCCUUUUUAUUUAUUUAGGAGGUAUCUGAGUGCCGCUGUGUGCCAAAACUGUGCUAGUACCUAAGACACAGAUGAAGGUGAUAAGGAUACCUUUUGCCCACGGAGGGGUCAAGUGUGAGCUGAUGCCACCCUGGAGCUCUGCCUGGUUGGCGCACAUUUCCCAGCCUCUUGUGCAGCUUGAGUUCAUGCCAAUGCAGUGUAAAUGGAAGUAUUGCAUGAGACUUCUAGAAGGAUCCUUAAAAGGCAAGGGAGUAGGCCCUUUCACCUCCCUUUUUUUUUUCUGGAAUUUGUGUGUGAUGGCUGGAGCUCUGGCCAUCAUAAUGGCACACAUAAGGAGGGGUGCAGUGCCUAGGGAUGAUUGGAAACUGGUUUGGUAAUGGUGGUAGACCUGGAUUCAGCUCCAGGUUUCUUUAAGGAGGUGAGGGGUUUACUCUAAAGUAUUUUGUGUGUGCCAUUGUUAUUUUUAUGUUUCUAUCACAAACAGCAAAAAUAAACCCUGAUUAAGCAUGUAACCUAGA